UGGCAACGGCGUGACGUGGGGGUGCUGGGAGCCGCCGGAGCCGCGGCAGCGGCUUCAGUUCUAGGCUGCCCGGCCGCCGGGGCGGGAGCAGCCACCGCCCCGCGCCGCCCCGACGCUCGGGGGCCCUGAACCCGCCCGGCUGCCGCGAACCUCCGCGCCUCCUCCGGAGUCAGGAGGGCGCGGCUGGUACCCGCGCCGAGAGCGCAAGGGCGGGUCGCGCGCAUGGCCUCCGCAGGCGCGCGGCGACUCCCGGCCGGGACGCGCGCGGCGGCUCGGGGCUGCUGUGGCCUCGCGCUGCGCCCGGCCCCGCCCCCGGGCCCUCCGCGACCGCCGGGACCAACGAGAUUUCUCAUCUCCAGCAGCCUCUUCUUGACCCGGGCUGCCCAGGUCUUGACGGCUGAGGCUGGCUUGCCUCCCAGCCGUUCCUUCAUGGGCUUUGCUGCCCCCUUCACCAACAAGCGAAAGGCUUACUCCGAACGUAGGAUCAUGGGGUACUCAAUGCAGGAGAUGUACGAGGUGGUAGCCAAUGUCCAGGAAUAUCGUGAGUUUGUGCCCUGGUGUAAGAAGUCUUUGGUAGUAUCCAGCCGCAAAGGUCACCUGAAGGCCCAGUUGGAAGUUGGCUUUCCACCUGUCAUGGAACGUUAUACUUCUGCUGUUUCCAUGGUCAAACCUCACAUGGUCAAGGCUGUUUGCACUGAUGGCAAGCUGUUCAACCACUUGGAGACCAUUUGGCGGUUCAGUCCUGGUAUUCCUGCCUAUCCCCGAACUUGCACUGUGGACUUUUCAAUUUCCUUUGAAUUUCGUUCUCUGCUGCACUCCCAGCUGGCCACCAUCUUUUUUGAUGAGGUUGUCAAACAGAAUGUCGCUGCCUUCGAGCGCCGGGCAGCAACCAAGUUUGGUCCAGAAACAGCCAUCCCCCGUGAACUGAUGUUCCAUGAGGUGCACCAGACUUGAGGCAAAAGAUUGUUUCCUAGCCUCGCCUCUCCUCUCACUCCUCACCCAAUUCUCUUAUUUAUUUCAUUUGGCUCCUGCUCCAAUCGGAGAGAAGAGUCUAUGUUCACGAUACUGUUCUCCCUCUCAACUCCCCAGAAAUUGGGCUCUAAGCUGGCUGGAAACGCUGGGGGAAAGAAAAGGCUGGGAGGUAUGGAAAGGAGACAUGCUUAGGAAAGGGUCAGGCACAUCCUGAGAGCCCCAUAUGCCUGAUGCCUGCAACCUUCUCACACUGAAUUAUAAUCAGAACGGUGCAGUCAUCUCUGAGCUCUUGUCAAGGUGCCUUAGUGUCUAACCAGAGGAAGACAGCAACUUUUCUUAGGAUUGAAUAAAUUGAACUCUUUCCUCUGACACAGAGCUACUGGGUGGUCAACAACGUGCCUGCCUGAAAUGCCACAGGAGAUGCCUGAGAUCUGGUCCCAGCUUGAAAUCCAUAUGACCUCACUUUAAGAAUAUUUUCAUGCAGUCUGGCUAGUGGAGAGCAAGGCGCUUUUUUAUGAUCAGUGCUACAGGGGCAAAGAACAAAAGAGCACUGAACUCUUGGGUUGUACCUUACUCUUCCACUUGGCCUGAGUUUUUAUAAAAUGUCAAUAAAUUAAUUGUGACAGUGUGAA